AUGUCGAGUUCAGAGGCCACACCAGCGGUGCCUGGGGAUAGCCCCGCGAAGGCCCCAACCAUCCACCCUAUUCUCCAAAAUGCCCUGCGCGUCACCCUAAGUGCCAAAGAGUACCGGGUCCUUCAUGGCAUUGCAGCGAAACGCGCGCCCAACGUCAAAGCGAAGCUCAUAUCGCCUUCCAGCUUCGAUGUAAUGGCCCAGUCGAAGAACCGACACAGCGAAGCCGCUCUGCGCGCUUCGCUGCGUCUCUUUGUGGGGUCUGGGCUUGUCUUGAAGCUGCUAGAAGCCGUCAUGAGUCGGGUUCGAGGUGGCACGGCCGAAAAAAAGCCUCGUACGGCGCUUCACCGAUCGCCAACCCUCCGUCUUUCCUUUUCCCUUUCCCUUUUACUUCUGCUCCACCGUCUCCUAUACCGGUUCCUAGUCCGACUACGAGCAAACCUACGUACCGACGAUGCGGAGCCAUUCCGUGAGCGAAAUCCGCGUAUUUCGCGCGCGCUUACUUCUCGCUUUGCCCCGGCCGUCGGCGCAAGUCUGGCCGGUCUUGCUGUUGGUAUUAUGCCGCAGGAACAACUUCGGCUAACCGGGGCUAUUUACUGGAGUGUGAAAAGCUUGGAGUUCUUAUUUAAUGCCGUGGAUUCCAAGGGGCUGCUCGAUAAGCGCCCGUGGUGGUUCGGCAGCUGGUUGCUGAUGCCAGUGUCAUGCGCCCAGCUUUUCCACGCUUUUGUGUUUGAUCGCGAGACAACCCCCAAAUGGUUUGGAAAUGUCAUUAUGAAGCUCUCCCCGAGCUACAUCCCCGGCCGACCGGAGUCGCUCCCAGCCAACAUUGCCUGGCCGGAGAAGGAGCAGAUCGUGGACUCCCUGGCAUCUAUUGCGGAUCUUCGCUGGCCGGCGUUUGUGUCCCCUAUCCUCCACCCAGGCGACCCUAAUACCCUCCCCUCCGCGGUGGCGGCCAUCUCUCCAAUUACAGGACCUGCGCACCCGUCGAUCACGCAGCUAUCGUGCGCUCUUCUGCAUCCAGCGCGUUUCCUCACAGCGGUGACACUAGCACUGAGCAUCCCCAAGAUCAAGAGCAUAAUUACUCAGCCUAUCUCGUCUAUUGACUCCAUCUCUAAGCGCAUCAUCAAGAUGACUGCCGUUCUUUCGGUAGCGAUUGGUGCGGCUUGGGGUAGUGUCUGCAUGCUGAAUAGCACCCUGCCUCGCUCGACACUAUCUACCAAGCGUUUCUUCCUUAGCGGGGCUUUGGGUGGACUGCCCUUUAUGUUCCUUAGCAGCAACCGCAAUAUUUUCCUGUACUUCUUCCGGGCUGCGAUUGAUUCGGCCUGGAAGACCGGUGUGAAGCGUGGAUUGUGGAAGGGUCGUCGUGGCGGAGAUAUGUGGAUUUUGGUGGCAUCGUGGGCAGCGAUCGGCUGCUUACUUGAAGCCAAUCCUUCUGCUGUUCAAGGUAGCGGUCUGCGCAAGGGGUUGGUGUGGAUGCGAGGUGACGGAUUUGUCGAUCCCGAGGCUCUCGAGAAGCGCCGGGCAGCACGACGCGAGUCGAAGAAGGCAGAGGCAGAGGCAGAGAACCCAUAA